AUGGCCAAGCUCGAGCCGAGCAGUCCCAGUGCUGCCACUUUUGCGGAGACGCUGCAGUAUCGCGCGACGCAGUCUCGCAGAGCACGACCGCCCGAUGUGCAAACCGCUUCCGCCGGAGCGUCGACCCGCGUUCCUCUGCGCCCUGAGAACAGGCUCAGCAGACGAGAUUCGCGCAUGGGACUGAAGAGCAUCUUUGGCAGGGCAAAGCCGGCCCGCGAGGUCGACCCUACCGCGUCCUACUUCGACACUGGACGACCCAACAGUCUUCGCGCCUCGCUAGCUGAAAUUAGCAACUGGCCUCACAUGCGAUCCGAACUCGCGCUAUCCAGCAGCCACUCGCGACCGACAUCCGUAGCCGCCAGUCCGCCCUUCAGCGAUUUCUCCCUCCAGAAAAGACCUACAACGUCGGAAAAGCCACAGAUCCAGAGCGUCCCCGCCGCGAGAUCGUCCCGUGGCAACCUCGCUACGUGGGAUCCCCCACCACUAUUUCAAGCAUACCCCCAAGCGAUCAAGCAUGCCCAUCUCCCCGCAGCCACUACGUCCGCCGAUGUGAUCCUUCGCCUCACCGACCGGAAAGGCAGCAUCAGCUUGCGGGAGGACCUGACGCAGCUCGCGCUCACCCCAGAGCUCGCCCAGGAGCACGCCGAUAGGGCAGCUGAGAGGGCGCGCAGGAAGCAUCUGCGAUCCCUGUCAACGGUCAGGCUAGAGUGGACAUACAAGACUUACGUCCUCUGCACGUCAGGCUACUUGCUGCAAUAUGCUGGUGAAGGCAAUUUCGACCGCCUGCCGGAAAAGGUGUUGCACCUCAGCAAGGACUCUGCUGCGUUUGUCAGUGAUGCCAUUCCCGGCAAGCAUUGGGUCCUCCAAGUGUCUUCGGCAAUGGAGUCCAACGGCCUCUCUACAACCGACUCGCGGUCGCUGCUGGCCCGCCUGCCCUUCCGUGCAUCCGACAAGAGACAUGCCUCGAACUUCCUCAUGGUUUUUGACAGCGCCGACGAGAUGGAGUCGUGGAUAACUAUCCUGCGCCGGGAAAUCGAGGCGCUAGGCGGGAAGAAGAACCUUUCGGAAACCGGCAGGCCUAGGGCGGACGACAGAGUCGCCCAGCUCCGGGGCCAAUCGAGCCAGCGCACUCUGGUCGUCCGCGACCCAGAUAGAUUCUCGCGAGUACUCCCGCCGGACUUUUCUUUGCAGCUGGAGCAAGCCAGGCUGCGCGAGGACGAACGUCGUUCUGCGGUGGAGGCUGAUCUUACUCGUGAUCCCUCGAUCGAUGACGUUUCCACUACCAACAGCAUCAUCUCCCAUGACGGCCGCCAACUCGACAGCUUGCGCGACAGCACCAACCGGCUCUCGUACAUCUCGUCCGGUCAACGUACCUUUCUCACGUCCGCCGGCUCGUCGCCCGCGUGCUCUCCCGUGCGCGACAGUUUUGCCAGCAGCCACCUUGACGACCUGCCUCCUCCGGUGCAAGAGGUCCCUACCGUCAGACCGAGACCGAACGCUGCGGCCAUUCUCGACCGUCGUCAGUCUCUGCAGACCUCGGGCUACCUGGAGCUACGUGGUUCGCCCAUGUCUCGGCCACAGUCCACGUACACCGAGGCCGACUUUGCGCACGUAGCCGCAAACUUCAGCGUUCCCAUCAGCAGGCGUUACAGCGCGGUGAAGAGCCCUUCCUCAAGCCCCGAGCAGGCGAGAAAUCGCGACUCGGUCCCCAGAAACGUCCGCAAGCCUCCCCCGACUGCCCUCGCCAUGGCGCGGCCUCUGUCGAUUGUGGCGGAUCAACCAUCUCCCGUGCAGCGUCUCGAUGCGGCCGAGGGCCAAGCAGCUGAACUCUCACAAUCCGAAGAGGAACAGGGGAGCGAUGUGUUGAACGCAUUUCCUCCCAGACAAGCCAGCCUUGGUCCCAAGGAGGAACCGGUCACGUUCGCCAUCCCUUGGCAAGGUGGGCGAGACGCCCCUCUCGCCGGAGCUCCGGACUUUCAUCCUCCCGUCCAAGACUCCCAGCCCGGCAUCUCCUUGCGAAGCCGGUCGGGACUUCUCUCGCCCACUAUCAUAUACGGGGGUUCUCUGUCUCCUGCUCAGAAAGCCACCAAGAGGUUCACCAUGCACUUUGCAAUGAGCCACUCCCCCGGGAGCGACGACAUGAUUACCCCUCUCCCCACGUCACCCACGGUAUCCUCAGCAUCGCCCAGAUCAUCGCCACUGGCACCACCAAUUCCUCCUGCCCCCUCGGGCAAGCAGCUGCUCCGCGGUGACCACUCGCGAGCUGCUGACCUGGGUAAACGCAGCAUGCCUCAACUGGUCGAAGGACCCCCACCAGCGCCACCACCAAACUACGCGCUGCCCCCUAUUCCCCAGAAGGGACACUCCAAAGCGUAG